UGUCAGUCUCCAACGCUUUGCCUUACCGGUCGCCAUGGCUCCUGGAUGGUUGCAGGUCGUGUGUCUGCUGCUCCUCGGCAUGAGGGCAGCCCAGGGAACAACCAUGGACAUGCAGAACGCCGCCGCUAUGGCGGCGGGUCUGUGCAAUACUCGCCCUACUGACCUGGUGUUCAUCGUGGACAGCUCCCGUAGCGUUCGUCCUUCUGAGUUUGAGCAGGUCAAGGUCUUCCUGGCUAAAGUCAUUGAGGGACUGGAUGUGAGGCCAGAUGCCACACGCGUGGGAGUGGUCAACUACGCCAGCCGCGUGAAGAACGAGAUAUCUCUCAAGGCCACCCGCACUAAGGCUGCCCUGACUAAGGCCGUCAGCAAGAUCGAGCCACUGUCCACUGGCACCAUGACCGGACUGGCCAUCCAGUUUGCCCUUAAUGUGGCCUUCAGUGAGGCUGAGGGAGCACGUGUCAAGAGUCAAGGAGUUAGCAAGGUGGCCAUUAUUGUGACAGACGGACGGCCACAGGAUAACGUACGCGAGGUGGCAGCACGAGCACGAGAUGCCGGCAUCGAGAUCUUUGCUAUUGGUGUGGGUCGUGUGGACAUGAACACACUGAAGCAGAUGGCCAGCGAGCCUCUGGAAGAGCACACCGACUACGUGGAGAGCUACAGCCUCAUCGAGAAACUCACCAAGAAGUUCCAGGAAGCCUUCUGCGCAGUCUCAGACCUGUGUGCUACUGGUGAUCAUGACUGCGAACAGGUGUGCAUCAGUACACCUGGAUCAUUCAAAUGCGCCUGCCACGAUGGCCACACCCUGAAGGAGGAUGGGAGAACCUGCAGUGCCUGCAGUAACUCUGCAACUGACGUUGUGUUCCUGAUCGAUGGCUCCAAGAGUGUGCGACCAGAGAACUUUGAGCUGGUGAAGAAAUGGAUCAACCAGAUCGUGGACAAGCUGGACGUGGCCGAAAAAGGCGCCCAUGUGGGGUUGGUGCAGUACUCCAGCACCGUCCGACAGGAGUUCCCUCUGGGUCGCUUCAACAACAAAAAAGACCUGAAAGAAGCGGUCAAGAAGAUGGAUUACAUGGAGCGUGGAACUAUGACUGGACAGGCCCUGAACUUCAUCGUGGAGAACAGCUUCACUGUCAACCAGGGGGCCCGUCCGGGUGUAGCCAAAGUGGGCAUCGUCUUCACUGAUGGCCGCUCUCAGGAUUACAUCGGCGAUGCUGCGCGGAAGGCUAAAGAGAACGGAUUUAAGAUGUAUGCAGUGGGUGUGGGCAAUGCGGUGGAGGAUGAGCUGAGGGAGAUUGCCUCAGAGCCCAUUGCUGACCACUACUUCUACACGGCUGACUUCAAAGCCAUGACGCAAAUAGCCAAGAAGCUGCAAAUCAACGUUUGCCCAGAGGAGAAUCCCUGUGAAUGUGACUCCAUCGUUAAGUUCCAGAAAAAAGUAGAAGAUGCUUUACAGGCAUUAACGAAAAAAUUGGAGAGUGUGACAAAGAGGAUCGCUGCAUUGGAGAACAAGAUUGUCUGAGGAGACCACACUCAACAUUUCCCCCUUUAAGUUCCUGUAAACCCCAGGAGCUUUAAAGAACUGACCCCGCCCAUCCACACUCUCAUGCUUUUCUUACUCCAUGUAGCCCCUCCCAUCACACGUCUCCUUGGAGACAGAGCACUGAUUGCCAUAGGGACCCCUGACAGACCCCAUCCUCCAGUCUGCAGGUGUGUGCGUGUGUGCUCACUGAGAGGCACUUCUCUUGUCAGGCCGGUGUGUGUACAGAAGAGUCCUGACCCACUGGCAACCAACAAUCCCCCCUUUCCCCCAACACACACAGACACACACACACACACACACACACACAUACACACACACACACACAGGUAGCUGGGCACCAGCCUGUGUGGGUGCAGGUACCUGGUCCCUGGGCAGCGUGAGUGCUGGUGAGAGGCUUCGCCACCGAGGGAAAAACGGGGCCUGUGGAGGUUUAGCAUAAUCUCUGCUUUCCAGCUUCUC